AAAGGGAGGUGGAAGCACAAGUGUGCAUGUAAUGCAAACAGGUGUAUCCCUGACAGGUGAGCUUUCUGCUCUCACCAUGUGUGUGUUAAACCACCACAAAAAACAGACCGGAUCUUAGGACUUUUGCUUUAUACAGUAUUUAGGACUCUAGAUUCCCAGUAGCAUGGCUGCGUUCGGCAGCAUAGGCUGAUGAUUUGGCGACUCAAGUAUUGCAACAACUGUUGUGAGGAUGACAUCCUGGCUCAGAGGACUCUCGCUGUGUCUCCUGGUCCCAUGGAUCUCUGUGACUGGAGAAUUUGUCAAGCGGCCCCCGAAUGACUCCAUCUACUCGUUGGCCGAAAAGGAGACGGUCCUGCCCUGCCGCUUCCAGCCUGAGGAAAUGCAGUUGGUGGUGCAGGUCACGUGGUACAGGGAGACCCCAGAGGGCUGGGACCAGAUCAUCACGGCUCAUCACAUUGACGGCCAGACUGCUUUUGGAGCGUGGUCUGGCCGUGUGCGAUUCAACAGCAGCAUCCCCACCGAGGACUCAUCUUUAGUGCUCUUCAGCACAGACGUCUCAGACGAGGGGCGCUACACAUGUCACGUCAACUCCUACCCUUUGGGAAACUUUGACCAAAUAGUGACUCUCAUGGUCUGGACCAUCCCGAUCUCCUCCUUGGAUCCUGUGAUUCUGGUCGAGGGGCAGUCAUAUCGGCAGGCAGCUUCGUGCCGCUCUUUGGCCCGCCCGGCACCACAGCUGUCGUGGGACACCGAGCUGCACGGUCAAUCUAUGAACCGUUCCUGGGCGAACGGGGCGAUUACCACCCACUUCUCCUUGCACCCUUUGCGGAAAAUGAAUGGGAAGAAGCUGGAUUGUCUGGUGUGGCAUCCGACUCUCACGGCGGGGCCGCGUCGGCACCAAAACAAGCUGGUCGUACACUUUCCUCCCGAUUCUGAGGUGUCGGGCUAUAACGGGGACUGGUAUGUGGGCCGGGAGCAUGCUGCCCUGACGUGUGUGAGUGGAGGAAACCCCAAACCGCAGCAAUUCACCUGGGCCAGACACGGUAAGGCUUUGCCCGCCGGUUUGAUCCCUCACCCCAACGGAACCCUGGAGUUCCGGCGCCCCCUCAGCCUAUCAGACAGCGGCACCUACCAGUGCGUGGCGAAGAAUGAGGUUGGCGUGGGCACGGCGGAGGUGGAGAUUUUCGUGUCAGAGUUUCCCGAGAGGCAGAUCAUGUCGGAGACGACGACGAUGGUCGUCGUCGGGGUCAUCGCCGUGGGGCUGCUCCUCUUGAUGCUGGUCAUCAUCAUCACUGUCACCUGUCAUCACAAGAAGAAGAACAAGAAGCUCAAGAGGGAACUGACCGAGAAGAAGGAGGAAAUAAGCACUCUGUCCUGGCAAGCUUCUUUGAGGAGGAUCAACUCGGUCAGCACAGAUGCAAGAGGAGCGACGGAGGAGAGCAUCCCGCUGAGAGUGGAGGGAACCUUGUCCUCCCUUGGGGAGCUGGCCCCCAGCCGUGACAGUCGCUCCACUAUCAUGGGUGGGAGGUCGGGAGGAGGGGAAGGAGGAGGGGGAGCGUACGACUACCUGGGUCGCCCGGUACUACUCAACUCGCAGAAGGGCAGAGAGAGCCUCUUGGACCAUGAUGAGCAGGGAACUUCCCUUCCGUGUCGCGUGCCGACACCGUUGACCAUCAGGUCCACUGACAUGCUCGGGGAGCAAAACGAAGAAUGGUCAAGGCCAGCGAGUUCCGUCAGGUCUCUGCGCCACCCCUCCCCGAGCUACUGCACUCCCUCCAUGACCGACAAUGACGACGAGGUGGAUGAAGGCCUCGGGGGUCCCGCCAGCCAGGAGCAUCCUGAUGACCGGGAAAGCCAGAGCAGUCGCUCCCAGGUGUCUGAGGCGCACAGCCACAACCAACUCACAAAUGGCACAAAGAGGUUCAAACCGGAGAUAGGCCACACCGUGGUUGGCCCUCAUGCCUCGCUGGUGCACAAGGUCCAGAUCGUGUAGGGGGAAGCUGCUCACAACUCGCCAAGAAGCAGUUUAUUUGUAA